AUGCCCGGGGUAGAUCCAGAAGUGGUUAUGCACUGCUUGAACGUCGAUCCAAAGGCCAAACCGGUUGUACAGAGAAGCCAUCACUCAACCGCCGAACAUGCCUCUGCUGUAAUUGAAGAAGUAGACAAAUUAUUGGAAGCUAAGAUAAUUCGAGAAGUUACCUAUCCCAUGUCUCAAUAUCGUCUUCCAGACCGUUCUAAUCGUGGCGUACCUCCUGUCAAGUAUGAACCAGAUCCUAAGUCCAAAGUUAAAUAUCCCGUCGGUAAUCACGUGUCAUCUAAAAGAUUGUCUGAGUCAUAUGCUUCUUAUCUUAACACGGUUAGAGUACUGUUAUCCUUGGCGGUUAAUCGGGAUUGGAAACUUCUUCAAUUUGAUGUUAAAAAUGCAUUCUUGCAUGGAGACCUCAAAGAAGAAGUGUUUAUGGACCCUCCACCGGGUAUAGAGGAAUAUGCAAAUGUGAGCAUGAGCAAUUUAGAUCAUACUUUGUUUCUAAAACAUAGAAAAGGUAAAAUCACAGCUUUAAUUAUCUAUGUUGAUGAUAUGGUGAUGACAGGGGAUGAUCAAGAAGAAAUGGAGAAUCUACAACGACACUUAGCCUCGAAGUUUGAGAUGAAACAACUUGGUGACUUAAAAUACUUCCUUGGUAUUGAAGUAGCCCGAUCGAAGAAUGAUGCCGCCCCUACGAAUCAAGCAAGGUACCAGAGACUUGUGGGAAAAUUGAUCUACUUGUCCCAUACUAGACCCGAUAUUGCAUAUGCAGUAGGUGUAACUAGUCAGUUCAUGCAUGAUCCCCGUAAACCCCACAUGGACGCUGUGGAACGUAUAUUGCGAUACCUAAAGUCUGCUCCAAGGAAAGGAUUACUUUUCACCAAAAAUGACAGAUUGAAAGUAGAAGGCUACACUGAUGCAGAUUGGGCUGGUUCAGCAAAUGAUCGAAGGUCUACUUCUGGAUACUUUACCUUUGUUGAGGGAAAUCUGGUGACUUGGAAAAGUAAGAAGCAACCAGUGGUAGCAAGGUCGAGUGCAGAAACUGAAUAUAAAGGCAUGGCUCUUGGAGUAUGUGAACUGUUAUAG